GAGCACGGGUAACCGUCAGCAGCAAGUAGUCACCAUACAGGCCAGCUCCGAGACAGCAUUCAUCUUAUCCAGAUACUGAAGCUGGACAUCUUCUGGAACAUCCUGAAACACACUUUACUUCUUCCUUCCACCUGGUGCAUGCUCACAGCCUGCAUGCUGCCUCUCAGGAUGUUGGGCCUCCUCAUACUCAUGCUUUCACUGUGUGAUGCAGACAGCAUAUGCCCCACUGAGCUCAACCCUCUCACUCUGGAUGUGCCCAGGGUCAUAGAAAGGUAUGGAGCGUCAGUGGAGGUAAACUGCACCAGCACAGAGGCGGAUCAUAAGGGGAUGUACUGGAGAAUUGGAAACAAUGACUUUAGAGCUAUCCCUGGGGAAAGUUUUAUCUCCCAGUCAGUGUCACUGUCUGAAUGGAACGUGACAGCAGAGUGCAGAAUAUUGCUGAAUGAAACUCAUGAAUGCAUCAAAGAACUUGAAAUCACCAUAUACCAGAAUCCAACGGUCGCUGUGUUUCCAGUGAAUCGUGCGGUGGAAGGGACCCUGUUCGAGCUGCAGUGUAAUAUAACAGAUGUUGCACCAGUUCAAAACCUCGUUGUGAGAUGGUUCAAAGAUAAUCAAACAAUCCGGACAGACAAUUUCACCAACACAACCACAACACCUGUAAGUGAGUCCUCUACUUUGGCAGUCAACAUCAGCAGGGCAGAACAUGGAGCUGAGUUCAAGUGUGAGGCUCAGCUCGACUUUGGGUCACACGGACCACAACUUCCUAUUGAUUCUGAGAUAUACAUCGUUUCUGUGAACUAUGCUCCUGAAUUCAAGAACACAUCAGAGGAUUUCUUUGUGCAUGAGGGUGAUGAUGUGACCCUGAACUGUGACGCUGAGGGGCGACCCCAGCCCACCUUUCAUUGGAAACAUGAUGGGAAGAUAUUAUCUGAUACUAAUAAUCUCAACAUCACUAGAGUAAACACCAGUGGGAUGUACAACUGCUCAGCAAUCAAUUUUCUUGGAAAGAUAACCAAGGAAAUCCAUGUUCAUGUAACAAUGAACAUCCCAGCAGCCCCUGCAGUCAUAACAACCCCUGCAGUCAUAACAAUCCCUGAGCCAUACAAACGUAGAGGAUGCCCACUAGUGUUGACACCUGCGAAAAUAGUGGUGAGAUUUGGAGAUCCAGUUUCCAUUAACUGCAGUACAUCAGUUGCAGUUCCUAUACAUAUGGGCUGGGAGACUACAAGUGGAGACGUAGGAGAUAACGGUACUUCUUUCACCUGGAGUGUUGAGAAAGUGGAAGACUGGAGCAUAAAGUCUGCUUGCUUCAUUACUUAUGACGAUAAUGGCAACGAUACACAGUGUUAUGUGGAGCUGGACAUCACUCUUUAUAAGACUCCAGACAUUGUGUCAGUCUCUGCGUUGGAUUCUGGGCCAGUGAUGGAGGGCACAGAGAUCCAACUGAAAUGUGACAUCAUUAAUGUGACUCCUGUGCAAAAGCUCACUGUGAGGUGGUACCGUGGAACGGACAUUUUGCGCACAGAUGUAUUGGAUGAAAAUAGGAGGAUCCCAGUAAACAUGUCAUCUAUUUUCAAUUUCACUGCUGAGAGAGAUUACAACGGAGCAGAAUUAAAAUGUGAGGCUGAUCUGCAACUAGAAACAAAUAGACCUGACCUUGGUCAUCAUUUAACCUCAUCACCUUACACGGCUGUGGUGCACUUUGCCCCUGAGAUCAAUGAGGGAACUUGCAGUAAGGAGGUGAACUUGGAUGGAAAUGUGACUCUUGACUGCAGUGCUGAGGGCAACCCUCUUCCUGACCUGCAUUGGAACUACACCACUGCAGAGAAUGUGAGGGAGACCACCAGAUGGCACCAGAAGAGCCUCACCAUCACAGGAGCCACGUCUACCAAUGCUGGUUUUUACAUCUGUGUUGCCACGAAUUAUGUUGGGGAAGUGACAAGUACUGUCACACUGAAGAUGAAAGGUCAAAUCAGUGUAUUUCCUUGGAGAUUCCUUUGGUGGUUGCUGAUUGGAUUGAUCGUCGUCUUCAUCGUCAUCGUCAUUGUCAUUGUCCACAAAUACUAUAAAAAACUUGGGCGAUAUAGUUUUGUCCUUGACAGAGCCAAUGAUGGUUCAGAUAUCCCAAUACCUCCUCUGUCAAACGGGGCUGAAGAUACAGUGUAACAUACUUCUCAAUGGGUAAGAUGAAACCAGCCAAUGAAAUCAGUUAAUUAAAACGUAACCAGAAAAGUCAUUCUUGCCAUCUAUAUAAUAUGUUUGUAAAUAUUGUGUUUAAAUGUAAAUGUUGGUGUGGUACGACGAGUAUAGGUUUUCAGCAGCAACAAAUGUGUACAAAUUCUUAAUCAGGAGCAUUUGUUUGUCAAGAAGUGCUACUAACAAAGCCGGUGUAUUAUAACAUUGAUUAUUUUUUUCAAAUGUGUGAAUUUAAUCUUAGUAUAACCAAUUUUUCUAUCUCUGUUUCUAUUCUUAAUAAAGUUACACAAUAGCCUUUGA